AUGAUGGAAGUCCAACAACCCCAACAGUUCGACUGGGCUCAUGACGCCUUUACUACCCUCAACGACCCGAGCAUGCCGCUGAAGCCUGAGAAGUGGGCAUCCAUGCAGAACAAUGCCUUCAGUAUCCCGCCUUCUCUCCUCACUCAAGCUUCAAUUGAGCGCUUCGGUCAGAUCACUCCACCAGAGGAUUCGCCAAUCAAAUCCCCUCUUCAAAGUGCACGGGAGAGCUCCAUUCCUGUGGAACAACUGCAGAAUGAGGCGCCCUGGUUGCAGCAGUCUCCUCCACAGCAACAGGACCACACAGAGCCAUCACCCAAGCGCCGUCGUACCAGUCGGCAGACAGCAGCCAGCCAAGCUCAGUCGAAUGACGGCGCCCCGCCUCAGCACGAGAACGUCGACCCGCAGCCGCCUAAGCGGAAGCGGGGCAGACCCAAGUCGCAACCCCAAAUGAUCGAGGCCUUCACUGCCGACGGCUUUCCGUUCCAAGUCUCCUCCGCUCGCCAGUCACAUCUCGAGAAGAAUCGCGUCGCUGCACACAAGUGCCGGCAACGGAAGAAGGAGUACAUCAAUGGUCUUGAAGACCGUGCCCGAGAGUUCUCAUCCAAGAACAAGGCACUGAAGGAGAAUGUAGCCAUGCUGCGCGAGGAGGUGCUAGAAUUGAAGAAUGAGGUCUUGCGACACGCUGGCUGUGGGUUCUGGGCGGUCGAUGAAUACCUUGCGCGAUGUGCAGGUGAUCUCCUGGGAAUGGAGGUGCCAAUGCAAACGGGAGGAAGAUCGAUGAACCAGACGAGCCCAUUGAUGAUGGACACCCAACAAUACAUGAACCAGCGGCACAACAGCUACGGCUCUGUCAACAGCAGUGUCACCGAGGCAUCGAGCGCAAACCUCAACGAUGAUUUCGGCGGCCUCGAGCUACUGCGCGACUACGAGGAGGAAGACAUUGAAGACAACCAAUGA